GGAAAAUAAAAAACAGUCUUUCAGACACAAUGCAAACACAGCCUUAAAUUUGCAGAAAUUAUGGCCAAAUCAAUAUCUGCAUCUAAGUGUCCGCCGAAAAUCAUGCAAUACUAUCUACUAACAAUGUCUCUCUCUUCUCACUCCUCAUCAGUAGAAUAGAAACUUGACACCAACAGCAAUGGUAGGCUCAAUUUCAAUAUCACGAAACCCUAACUCCCUGGUCCCACAGUCAACUUCAGGCGACCCUCCACCACCACCAACUUACGCCGGCGUUACUGCUGGUGGUGGUGGUGGUGGAGGAGGAGGAGGAUUCUUAGCUCUUCCUAAACGACCGCCGAUAAGAGUGACGUCAGAGUUUGACAGUGACAGCUCCAUUUUCUUCCACAAGAUCUCUUGCAAGUUCUUCGAUAGUCUGGCGAAGUUGAAGCUCUCGUUUCAGAACGACAAAAAAGGUGAGAUUUCCGAGCCCCAAUUGGUCUUCAAAUCCAAGUACCUUUCGCUGAACUACGAAUUCGAAGAACAUAACGCCCUUGUCGAAGGCUUCUUCGAUUUCGCUCCUGGUUUGCAAUUGCGAGCUGUUCACGAUGUCAAGGUUGUCCAAAAGAAUGUACUGAUGAAGAAAAUGGAAGUAUUUGGUCCAUGUAAAGAAGUUUCUUUGAAUGGACGGAGACCAAUGUACUAUCCGCUAGACGCAGUGUGCAAAAGUCAAGGUGCACCCCUUGCACCUCAACUGGUCUCAGGCGAGGGGACAUUGAUGAAGUGCGUGCGUCGCAUGCCUUGGGGAUCAAGCUCAAGGUUCAAAGGUGCUCACUUCCCCCCUACUGUGUUGGUACAUUUUAAGGGCUAG